GGUACACAUUUUAUCUGAUUUUGCCAUGUCUUAAGAUUUGCCACUUCACCUUAAUUAACGUUGCCCUUUACUAAUUUGUAUUAAGAUGCUAUUGGAUGUCAAAUUUCUUAACAGUUAAGAUAAACACAUAGAUUUAUAGCAUUUAAUUAAGUACAAGUAGAUAUCAUGGUAUAUAUCUUGAUGCUAUUUAUUGGAGACUAUUACAUUAAAAAUGUUGAAAAAAUUCUAACAUUCUUAAGAAUCAAGAGUGGGAGGUAAAGGAAAGAAAGAAAUAGCAAGCUAGACAUAAAAUAGUUGAUAGAUUCUCUAGUCAAAGAAGGUGGGUAAAUAAGAUGUAACAGUAGGAGAAAAAAGAACAAACUAUAUAAUCGAAUAUUAGAGGUUUUGAUCGUAAAGUGCUGUUAAUGUAAAAGAAACUUUUAAAUAAAAGAAAAAAGUAACGAAUGAAUAGAAAAUAUUACGUAAAUAUCAGGCUCUUCAUAGGGCUUAUUAGGAAAUAUGAAAAGAUUAAAGCCCUUUUUCAGACUUAAACAAGUGAAUGUCUACAAUUCAGAUGGUAGGUUCUUCCGGUUGUUACAAAAAACUAACACGGUGGCACAAUCACGUGAUGAAUUUCCAGCUAAUCUUGGUGGCAGCCUAGUAAUAUACGUAAGGGUACCUUCAACAGAUCCCCAUUAACAUGCAAACAGGCUUAUUUUCUUACAUGAUGAUUGUUGAUUUUUCCUUGUUUUGCCCUGCUUUUUUAUUCUUUUCUAACAUCUAGGCCUACAAAAGCAAUAACUUUUUUCUCCCAUAUUUAUUGUUCUAGAACAAACUGUAAUAAUGAUUUACAAUUGAAAUACCAUGUUGGUGCAGAAAUUUUCCAAUUAAAAAAAGUGCACAUCUACCAAAUAUAGCAAUCUCCUAAUUAUAGAUUCAUUUCCUUUAGAAUAAAAUUUUCUUUUAACCAGUUCUAACGCUCUUUCUUUGUACAGGAACAUGAACAGGACCUCAAAUAAUACGCUCCUCAAUACUACGGAAGAGUCGGUGAAGUACUAUUUUACAUCAAUCGUGCUACCCAUUCUGGCGGUAAUAGGAAUAUUUGGUAAUUUAGCUAUUGUUCCCUCUCUCUCCAACAUCAAUCAUGAACAUUGUACUGCAUCUUUCGCUAAGUUAAUUUGUUCAGCAAACGUUCUGGUUCUUUUAUUAGAUCCCGGUUUAGACGCAAUUUCAAAGCUUACAGAAACUAGACAUCUCACUCAAUUGUAUGAAUGGACUUGUAAAUUACAUACAGUUACGGACCAAACAUUUCUUCAUUGGACUGCAUGGUGUACUGUGCUAAUGGGCGGUGAAAGGGCAGUGUUUCUUUUCAAACCUUCUUUCAUAUGUUCGCCCUUUAAAGCCAAAUGCCUUGCAACGGCGGCUUUCAUAGGAGUUUUAUCAAUAGAUGUUCACGCCAUGUGGUCUCAUACUAUCGACAAGAUAUGGGGGUGUUAUUUCGAUUUGGUAUAUCCAGAUUUUCAUACGCUCUACUGGCCCUACGUAAUUGCAAGUCUAAACACUUAUGCACCGAUAUUGUUCGGUAUCGGAAUAGCUUUUGCCGUUACUGUUGGCAUUAGUCGACAAAAAUUUCAAUUGCAUUCACGACAAAUCGAAGAAGAUGAAGUUAACUUGACAUUCGAUAGAACAGAAGAAGCUUGGUCAAAGUGUUCUCUUCUUAUUCUUCUAAGUUAUAUUUUUUUAAAUUUCCCUCUUAUUCUAAUUAACAUUAUUCAAUUUUCAACGACUGCACUACAACUGAUAGAUAGCAAAUGGAAAGCACAAAUACAAAUGGCCGAUGUCGUUGUUCAAGUGCUUGCCUUUGCUCACUGUAGUUUUACUGCGGUUAUGAUUCAAUUGACAGCACCUGGAAUUCGAGGCUUUUAUAGAAUUUGUUAUAAGAGACCGAAAAGUCGUCGAAACGCUGAAACAGUUGAAGAUGGAUCAGAAAUAAUGCUAAAACAAUGCAAACAAUGUAAACCAGGUGAGUAUGAUUAAGAAAAGAUGAUGAGCCAAAUUGAUUGAGACAGUGUAAAAUUGUUAUAUGUGAUUGUAACCUUAACAUUGAAUUAAUGUAAAUAAACCUUUCGGAAAAAAAGGAACAACAAAUACAACAAUAACCAGCUAAAAAAAAUCAUUAAUGCUCUACAAUCCUAAUUUCAAUAGGAACUGAAAAUUCGACAAAAUGGAAUAACCAGGCUUCAAAAAUCAAUUUCUUAUAAUGCUCCUUAACCACAGCUGAAAUACACCAAUAGGAUGUGAUUUAGAAAAUAAGGAUAAGUAGGAAUUAACCCCACUUCAUCAUACGAGCAUUGUGGAUUCUGCUUGUGGCCAUUGUAGGCAAGAAAAGCUAAUUUUUUCAAGUAAAAAAUAAUUCGUAAUGCUCCCUCGGGUCAACCUUAAUAGAACAACGAGGGUUAGGCAGUAACAAUCAAUUAGAAUCACUCACUAAAGCCGUUUUAACCUGAUUUACAACCGGUAGUAAUAAAUAGCAACAAAUAACCUUGGAGACUUUGAUUAUAACUGACGAAUUUCUGUGCGCGAAUUAACGAUUUAGUACGAAGGGCAAACACAUUAUACCCUAAUUCAAAAGAUAUAUUCUUACUUGAAUCUAUCUGCAGAACUAAAAGAUUUACAAGUCGAACAGAUUGCUCUCUAUUUAUGUUUAACAAUUCAAAAGGGAAUACAGCUUGCAGAUAUUUCCUCGGAGGAGAAGUAGGGAGGAUUUGCUUGCAUUUCAUAUACAUUUUAAAUCAACCUACUGUAUAUAUUGUAUAUAGAUGUCUUUGACUGAGAUUGUUUUUAUGCUAUUCUUAUGGACUGUAGUUUUUUUUUCCAUCAUACAUUUUGUAUAGAAAUUCAUUGUUAUAACUUUUCAAGGAUAUUUUCUGUAUGACUUAUGACUUUAAUGCUUGUAUAUUACAUUGUCAAUAGAAUAAGAAAAAAAACUAACGCUAUCUUAUUCUAGUAGCCUAGAGGUAAACGAAUUUGUUGCAAUCCUGAUAAGCAAGAAGGGUAUUAAAAAUUUACAAACCCGCAGUCUCAACAUUCAUUCUUU